AUGUAUUUAAAACCACUAAAUGAACUUCCUUAUACUCGUGUUGUUGUUGAUGUACCAGAAGAAAUUAUAAAUAAUAAAAAUGUACCAGUUAAAACAAUAAAUGGAGAAGAUCCAUUUAAUAUUAUUCGAGAAUUUGGAAAGAAAUAUUUAGGACUAAAAUGUCCACAUGCACAAUUUACAGAAGCAAAAUCAGCAAUAAUGUUUGGAUCAUUGAAUGAAAUACCAUUAACAAAAGAAUAUUUAAAUACACCAAUAACAAUUAUAUGGGAAAAUGGAGAAAGUCUAACAAUUAAUUAUAAUAUAAUGAAAUUUAAUCCUAUGAAUCAGAAAUUCCAAGAAGUACUUGAAAGAAGUAAAAGAAGAGGAAUAAGAGAUGGAAUAAGAAUAGAAGAUUUUGAAGAAGGAAAUGAAAGAAAAAGAAUAAAACAAGAAAAUGAUGAAUAUAAACCUAAUUGUUCUGAAUAUAACGAAGAAAUAUGUUGUUUAACAACAAGUAACAAAGUAAAUACAUUGAUUGUAAAUACUUUUGAUGCUAUUUCUAAUGGGUACUAUUUUUUGGAUAAAUUAACUGAAUGUGUUGAUAAGUUUGAUUCAAAUGAUUAUCCAAUUCAAGUAAUAUUCCCAAAAAAUGGAGGAGAACUUAUAUUUUCUGAUUUAUUCAAACUUGGAGAAUGGUAUACAAAUCCAAGAAUUAUUAUGUAUGGAGAUGUUGAACAUAAUGUUACACAGCCAUCAAUUGAUGAAUUAGAAAAAAAGAUAUUAAUGAAAAAACCAAGAAAACCAACAGAAAUAGUAGUUUAUACCGAUUCAUAUUGUUAUUCAGCAUGUUCAUGGGUAACAAAAGGAUUAAAAGAAUGGGGAGGAGCUAUUCUUGUAGGAUUUGAUGGUGAUCCAUAUGGAAAAGAUGAAGAAUUUGAAGUAGGAUUAUCACCAUCUAAUAAUAUUCGUAGUAUUACUGAAAUAGAUUCAAAUAAUAUUUUUAAACAAUAUGGAUAUAAAUUGGGAUUAACUGUUAGAGAAACAUGCAGAUUUAAUUAUAAUUACAAUGAAACAAUUCCAAGAGAAUUUUUAACAGAUAUUAUAGAUGAAAGAGUGAAUAUUUAUCAAUUCUCAAACGAUAAUAUAAAAGAAUUUGAAGAAGAAACAAAGAAAAUAGUAGAGAAAUAUAAAACGAAAUGUAAUCCAAAGAAUAAAAGAUUAGUUAAAAGAGAUGAAAAAUGUGAUGAAGAAAUUAAUAAAAAGCAUUGA